AUGUGGGUCGUUUUCUGGGCUCUCCUUCUGUUCUUCAUCAUCAUCACAAGCUUCUUUGCGACUCUAACAACAUCCGCUUCACCAGCUCUCCAUGCAGAUGAAUUGCAUGCGCUUGGGGAGAUAGCUACUACACUUGGAAUCAAGAGACUGAACCUAAGUGAUGGAGAUCCUUGCUUUUUAGAAACUCUAAAACUUGGUGGUGUUGUUUCGAAUGUCGUCAAUAUGCCUUUCAAUAACAUUGUUUGUGAUUGUAGCUUCAAUAAUAACAUGACAUGUCAUAUUACAGAAAUAUUUCUCAAGUCCACAAGUCUCCCAGGGAAACUUCCGCCUGAGUUGGCCAAGCUUCGGUAUCUCCAGAAGAUAGACUUGUGCCGAAACUACCUUUCGGGCUCAAUCCCCAUGGAGUGGGCUUCAAUGCCACACCUCACUUUCAUCUCCCUCUGCGCGAAUAACUUGUCUGGCCCUUUACCACCAGGUUUACAAAACUUCAAGAAUCUGACAUUUCUAGGGGUUGAAGCCAACCAGUUCUCUGGUCACAUUCCUGAUGAGUUUGGUAACUUGACAUCCCUGACAGGAUUGGAACUUGCGUCCAAUCAAUUUACAGGAAGCCUUCCUAGCUCUCUGGCUAGAUUGGUAAACCUCGAGAUAUUUAGGAUAAGUGACAAUAACUUCAGUGGCAUCAUCCCAGAAUAUAUUGGCAACUGGUCUCGGCUUCAAAGGCUAGAUCUACAAGCAAGUGGACUGAAAGGACCUAUUCCUGACGCAGUGGCCCGCCUAGAAAAUCUUACUAACCUGAUUAUUAGUGAUAUGACCGGGAUAAACUCCUUUCCUAAUAUAUCCAGCCAAGUCAUCCAAAACCUGAUUUUGAGGAAUGUGAAUAUGUCUGGUCCAAUUCCUUCUUACAUCUGGAGUAAACCGGUCUUGAGAUCUCUUGAUUUAUCGUUUAACAAGUUGACCGGUGUUCUUGGCAUAAAUUUAGUACCAAAACUUACCUACUUGACUGGCAAUAUGCUUUCCGGGGAAAUUAAAUCUGGCGUUUACCUCAACAGUAAAUCAAAUAUUGACCUCUCUUAUAACAAUUUCUCAUGGCCGUCUAGCUGCCAAGAAAGGAGUAACAUUAAUACAUACCGGAGCUCAUAUUUAAACAACACUUAACUGGGCUUCUUCCAUGCGCUGGUCCAGUCACUUGCAAGCGAUAUCAUAGAUCGCUACAUAUAAAUUGUGGUGGGGAAACUGUAACUGUUACAAACUCUUUGGGUAAAAUCA